CGGGGCCUGCGGGGCGCCCGGCGCCUCCUGCCCGCGGGCGCCCGGCGCGAGAGCCGCGAGCUGGCGCGGCUGGCGGGGCCCGUGUUUGUAGCCCAGCUGCUGGGUUUCCUGAUCAGCGUGGUCAGCUCCAUAUUCUGCGGCCAUCUGGGGAAAGCUGAGCUCGAUGCCGUGACACUGGCCGUGUCUGUUAUCAACGUGACGGGCAUCUCCAUUGGUUCUGGCUUAGCCUCGGCAUGCGACACGCUGAUGUCCCAGACCUACGGUGGCAAGAACCUGAAGCAGGUGGGCACCAUCCUGCAGCGAGGGAUCCUUAUCCUGCUACUGUGCUGCUUCCCUUGCUGGGCAAUCUUCAUCAACACCGAGCAGAUCCUCCUGCUCAUCCGACAGGACCCCGAGGUCUCCAGGUUAACACAGCUCUACGUGAUGAUCUUUAUCCCAGCUCUUCCAGCGGCGUUUCUGUACCAGCUGCAGACAAGAUAUUUACAAAGUCAGGCGAUCAUUUUGCCCCAGGUGAUUACGGGCAUAGCAGCCAACGUCCUCAACGUGGCCAUGAACGCCAUCUUCCUGUACGCGCUGAAGCUGGGCAUGGUGGGGUCUGCCUGGGCCAACACUAUUUCUCAGUACACACAGGCCAUCCUUCUCUUCCUUUACGUGCGGUGGAAGAAGAUCCAUGUGGAGACCUGGGGAGGCUGGAGCACGGACUGCCUCCAGGAGUGGGGUUCCUUUAUCCGUCUGGCUGUGCCCAGCAUGCUCAUGAUGUGUAUUGAGUGGUGGACCUUUGAAAUCGGGAGCUUCCUGGCAGGGCUGCUCAGCGUGGUGGAGCUGGGUGCUCAGUCUGUGAUCUACGAGCUCUCCUGCGCAGCGUACAUGGUGCCACUGGGCUUCAGCGUGGCCACGAGCGUCCGAGUGGGCAAUGCCUUGGGAUCAGGGGAUGCAGUGCAAGCCAAGACCUCCUGCRUCACUGCCCUGCUCUGCUCAGGAGUGUUUGCUGUAGUGGUUGCUACUUUACUGGGAGUCCUGAAGGAUACUGUGGGCUACAUCUUCACUAGUGACAAGGAGAUUGUUACCUUGGUGUCCAAAGUGAUGAUGAUCUUUGCUCCGUUCCACUUGUUCGAUGCCGCAGCAGCCACGUGUGGUGGUGUGCUGAGGGGUGCAGGGAAGCAGAAGAUGGGUGCGAUCGCCAACGCUAUCGGCUAUUACGCCAUCGGCUUGCCCAUUGGCAUCUCGCUGAUGUUCGCGGCUAAGCUGGGGGUGCUGGGUCUGUGGGUGGGGAUGAUCAUUUGUAUAUCUUUGCAAGCCCUUUCCUUCUCAACCUUUGUCAUGCGCAUGGACUGGAAGAAAGCUGCAGAAGAGGCUCAGAUUCGAGCUGGACUGAAAAAACUGGAAGAUGUGAACUCCAAUGGCACAGCUGCUAACAAAAUAUCUGCUCUGGAUUACGUCUCUGUUGAUGCCGAUGCCGUGGACACCGUGGUCUUGCCCGACAGUGCUGCAGGAGCUGAGAAGCAGCCCGACCAGCAGCUCGUCGUGCUGGAGGGGCCGGUCGUCCCUGCUCCCGCGCUCCGGAGAGCCCUCAUCCUCCGCCGGGCGCUGGUGGCCGCGGCGGCCGUCGCUGUCCUGCUCGCUGGCCUGCUGCUGCGGCUGCUGACCGGCAAACRCUAGAGCUGCCGUGGGCACGGCCCCGUCCUGGGAAGAGGGCARCCAGGGAAGACACUUCCUCCUCAGUAGCUUGUUAAGAGUCACUUGGUUUCUGGUUAAGUCAAAACCUCCUAUCCCUCAUGCUCAGUUCUUAAAGGAGAUGGGGACGCAGCACCCAGGAAGCAAGUGUGCGAGAGGCCGUCCCCUCUCCAGCACUGCGCUGGGAUGUCACUUGUGAUGCAGCGAGUGUGUCUAGGGCUGCCCAGGGAGGGAGCCAGGCCUGGUGCUGCCCCAGCUCCAAGGAAAGCUUUUCAUCCAGCUCCAGGGAGCCUUGGACCAGGUGCUUUGCCGAGGGCAGAGGCUCCUGCUGCCCACAAAGCGCGUCCUCCCACGGAGCUGCCCUCCUGGGUCUCGGCAGGUCUGAGSCCGCUCGCUGAGGCUACGGCAGCGCGCCGCCGCACCGGGCCCUGCUGCCAGGAAAGGGCUGACUCCCGCCGAGGUGUUGGUGCUGGCUCCU